UAAAACCAGAUGAAGAAUAUGUGGUGCAUCUCGUUCAACCUGACAUAUCCACAUCAAUUGAGCCUAAUUAUGACAUAAAACUUGAUAUCAUCUAUGAAGAUGAGGACAUUAUAGUUCUGAGUAAACAGAGUGGAUUAACAGUGCACCCUGGUGCUGGGACAAACAAUGAUACGCUCUUGAACGCAGUUAUCGCUCACCUUGAUGUAAGACUAGGAAUUGUUCAUAGACUCGAUAAAGAUACUAGUGGACUUAUGGUAAUUGCAAAAAAUGAGGAAGCCCAUAGUUUUUUGUCUGAAUUGUUAUCAAAUCGUAAAGUAAAGCGGGAAUACUUAGCAGUAGUUUGGGGAACAUUAUCUUCCCAGCAGGGAACUAUAGAAACUAACAUUGCUCCAAAGCGUGGUAGAACACACCAAAUUCGAGUCCACAUGAGCCACAUAGGACAUUCUAUAGUUGGUGAUCAAGUUUACGGAAAAAAUAUCUAUCCCUUCCCAUACUAUGAAAAACUUCAGGCAAUCUAUGUCGUUGUUUAUGUAUUCCUGCACUUCCUGUAUGAGUAA